CCAACCUCAUAUUUUCUCCAAGAUCAACACUUGGAAGAAAUUCUACAAUUCAUUGAAUAUGAUGCUUGACCGUAGCGGUGUUGGGUUCAACUCAGACGGCGACUGGAAGAUAGAAUGCAACGACGACCAGUGGGCCCAAAUCGUUAAGGCUGACUCUAAUGCACGCUACAUGAGGUAUAAGUCUUGGCCAUUUUACAAUGACUGGAAGUACAUCUACGGGAAGGAUCGUGCAGCCGGUUUGCUGUGCGAGGGCAUGACUCAAGCUUUUGCUAAAAUGGGAGCUGCCCCUUCUCCGUCUGGUGGUGUCUCUUCACCAACUGGUGGUGUUCCUUCUCCCAUGCGUGAGCCUCAUCCUGAUGUGUACAAUGUCAAUCUGGAGGAUUUGUACACCCAAGAGGAGAUCCAAGAAAGCCUCAAUCCAGAUACCGGAUGUGAAAGCUCUUACAAAAGCCACACUACAUCGAACAAACCUAACCGUAAAAGGAAGGCAGGGUCUGCAUUGGAAUCAAUCUUAGAGGCGAUGUCAAAGAUGAACGAAGACACGAACCAGCGUCUAGACACUUUAACAACCCGUAUCGGGUAUGAGUUUGACCUAAGUGCUAAGCGCACUGAAGUUUCAACACUGCUGCGCACCGUCCCAGGUUUGGAUAGAAAGCAAAAAUUCCUUGCUAGCGACAUACUUGUGAAGGAGCCCGAGAGGCUUGACCUUUUUAUGGGAUACGACGAUGAUGAGAAGGCCGACUACCUCAUGCAUAUCCUUGAGGAAAAAAAUGGUAAGUGAUCGCACACCAAAGGGACGACAUGGUUUUGGUGGACUUCCAAAGCCUAGUAGCUCCAAGUAUCCAUUGAUUUAAGUGGUUGUAUGUAAAAGCCUUAUAACUGAACCUCUCGGCAAUAGCCUCGAUCUCUAGCUUUUGUUAUUGGAUACUCAUAUUACUCUUUUGUUCAGGCAUGUAUGUCAGACUAAUAGAACUAUAGGCAAGGGGGUGUCUGUAUUUUUUGUAUGGCCGUGGGUUUGGUCCUCCACCCUCCGUCCUAAGGACGUGUUCACUACUUAGAGAUAGAUAGUUUAUACUUCAUUUAUGUUCAUAUUUGGGUGUUCACUAGUCUUGAUAUAAAUGAGGAUGGCCCUGCAUUUU